AUGAAGGGCUGUGAAGGUUUCAACUUACCGGCGGCCUGGAUUGUGGUGGUGCUCAGCCUGUACGUGGGGCGGAUGCAGGCGGCGGUGAGCCUGCCGCCGGAAGCCCGGCAGUUGAGGCGGCAGUUUUACAAGAAGCUCAACACGUGUGCGCCCGUGGAGCCGUUUGUUAGGCAUCAAGUGGAGCUUUGGUGGGGCCGAGAUAAGACCAUCACGGCCAAGCUGCUUAAGCUGCUCUAUGCUGAUUGCAUGGUUAAUGCAGGUGCACCAUCUUACCCAGUGCUGUUGGGAAGAAGAGAUGGAAUGGACUCAAAAGCAUCCUGGGUUGAUCUCCCAUUGCCUUCAAUUUCUGUGACACAAGGCUUGGCUUACUUCCAAUCUAAGGGCUUGGAUUCACAAGAUUAUGCUACACUUCUAGGUUCACAUACCUUAGGGAAAACACACUGCAGGUACGUAAACGACCGGCUUUACAACUUCAACAAGACCGGAAAACCCGAUCCAAGCAUGAGCCGAGCCACGCUCGACAACCUGAGGCAACAAUGCCCACAAACACUAAGGAACAAAGAUCCAACCGUGUUCUUGACCAGUCAAAGCGGAGCUCAGUACAGAUUCACAAACAAAUACUACUCUAAUGUUCUAUCAUUUGAUUCGGUACUAGGGGUGGACCAAGGGCUACUGUACAACUACAACACGUCUCAAUUGGCGCUCGAGUAUGCCGGGAGCAUGGAGCAGUUUAAAAGGGCAUUUGCAUUGUCAGUCACUAGAAUGAGCAGUCUCAAGGUGUUGACAGGGAAGCAAGGGGAGAUUCGGCGCAACUGCCGUUAUACUAACAAGAAUAAUCCGUACAUCAACUAG